UUGCUAUUAUACGGUUAUAAUUUAUACACGUACAUAAAGUCCACUGUGAUGUGAUAUCGAGAAAGUCGACGGCGUUGACAAAAUGGCGCGACUAGUUUUCCUGUUAUUAUUUUUUAUUAUUGGUACAACGAUUUCUCAGAGUUUAUCAAAUGAGUCAAGCGCAGCCUCGUCGGAAUCUGAAGCGCCGUCUUCAGAUAGAUUGGAAAGUCCCGUUCAAGUAUCGCCUGUAGACAUUGAAAAUAAUACCGGGCCCUUUAUGAGAUCUGAAUCGAGCUUGAAUAGACUGUUAGCAUUGUCGAAUCCACCCAAUUUACCAGUUGAGGGUACUUUAAACACUGAUUCAUUGUCCAUUGACAAUUUGGCCAACCAACUUGGUGUUACUGUAACAGACCAAAAUCUCUUAGGAAAUUUCAACAAUCUAAACUCCGACUCGAAUCAGCAAACGAGCGAGCCACUCCUGCAACAGCAGUCGCUCGAUGAUUAUCUACAUCCAAAUACAUUGCUCGGACAACAAGGAGAUACAAGUCAACAAACUGUAGAUACAUUGCAAUCUCUUCUAAAUGAUCCCUCGCAAAAUCAAUAUACUACAAUGACGAAAAUCUACCAAGCGCAAACACCUAUGUUAACGGGCCCAAACACAGCUCAACUGCUGAAUUCAGUUCUUUUAAAUCAACCGUUACAGGUUCAAGCCUUGAACAACCCGUAUCAACAACAAAGUACACUAUUAGGAAAUCAACUAACUGAUACUAAUUAUAUCCAGAGUUUAGGUUUGGGUCAACAACUUUUGGGGCAAACUGAUACAAAUAAUCUACAGUCUCUGAAUUUGGGUCAGUCGCUUUUGGGGCAAACAGAUUUAAAUUACGCUCAGGGUCAAAAUUUUGCGCAGACUUUAGGGCAAACAGAUGUAAAUAACCUUCAAGGUUUAAAUUUAGGACAGUCGCUGUUAGGGCAAACGGAUAUAAAUAACGUUCUGGGUCUAGACUUAAGUCAACAGCUUUUGGGGCAAACAAAUUUAAAUAAUUUUCAGCCUUUAAAUUUAGCACAAACACUAUCAGGACAACAGGCAUACUUGGGGGCACCAAUAUCAAGUAAUAAUAUGUAUCAAAUGUUAAAUCAAGGCUCAAGCCCAGUUCAGUCUUUAGGCGUCGACUCGCUUUUAGGUCAGGAUUUGUCAAAUUUACAAAAUAACCUAGAGCAGACGACAGAUCAGGUAAAUCCUUUCACGCCACCCUUGCUGCCACCAUUGAACAAUAAUAUUUUAGAGACGCGACUCGUUUUCAAAAACCAAUUGCCUAAUUUGAAUCAGCCAAAUUGCAAGGCUGCCUUUGGCGCCCUAAUACAAAGUGCACUCACGCAAUACAUGCAACUCGCUAAACUCCCUUAUUGCCAACAAGCUGGUUUUAAUCCUUUACCCAUAACGAAUUUGCCCUUUGAAAUUAUCGUCGUCCCAUCCAAUACUGCAUGGGAAUCAUCUAACAAUUCUGUUUUAACAAAAAUUUUGUGGAUAUUGUUGAACAGAUUAAAAAAUCAGCCGGGACCAAAUCAAGCUGACAUGGUAACACCAAUACUGCUUGAAUUAAUUUUGAAUCCGGUGUCCGCACCCAUCGUUGAUGUCAUCAAUAACAACAAAUUACCAAACAUUAUCCCAGGGCAAACUCAAAAUGUACCAUUCUUAUUGCUUUUGCUUAAAUUACUUAAAAACCAACAACUAACUCCGUCCCGGGCGUAUUUAUACAAAAUAAUCGUAGAUAUAAUCAAGAAACAAAACGAUUUGAAUCCCUAUGAUCAAAAUCCGGAAAUACAUGAUUUACCACCUGAUUUUAUAAUUCCCUCAACUACAGAAAUAUUCUCGCAAGAUACAACCGACCUACCAUUUAUUGUUCCAACUAGAUACCCAACUUUGCCACCAAUUGAAUAUCCAGUUUGGCCCACAGACUAUCCAUAUCCAACAGCAGCAUUCCCAACACAAUAUCCUACUCCAUUUGUAAUUCCAACAGAAUACCCAACUUCACAUGUAAUUCCGACAGCAUUCCCAACACAAUACCCUACUCCAUUUGUAAUUCCAACAGAAUACCCAACUUCACAUGUAAUUCCGACAGCAUUCCCAACACAAUACCCUACUCCAUUUGUAAUUCCAACACAAUACCCUACUUCACAUGUAAUUCCGACAGCAUUCCCAACAGAAUACCCUACCCCAUAUGUACUUCCAACAGAGUACCCAAUAAAAUAUUAUCCAACUGAAUACCCUACUCCGCAAUAUGUGACUCCAACAGACCAGAAUCCCACAUCAAAUCCAUUGCCGCCUGAUUUUUCGAAUCCCACAACAAGAUACGUGAUUUUGAUUUUGCAAAAAUAUUUACCACAACAACAAUUCACUGUUCAAGAUUUGACAUUAAUAAUCCAGUUGUUGAACACAUUGCCAAAGACCUACAACGAAUUAUUACUAAACCCUCAGCUUCUGAAUCAAGUGAUUCUUCAAUUAACAAGUCAUAAUUUGAAUCCCCAAUUGGUGCUUGCCAUAAUAUACAAAUAUCUCAUUCAAUUUUCUACACAAAUUGGACAGAAUGUUUUACUUCCUGAUUCAAACAGAGUCGUUGUGUUGAAAUAUCAAAUCAAAAGACAAAACCCUAUAGUUUACCAACCAUAUUACUAUGUAUUAUAUAAAUUGCCAUAUGUCCAUUUCUUGAAAUAUCUUCAACAAUUGCUGCUAACGAAGCCGUAUUUGAAAGAGAAUCGAGCACUUUUACUCAAAGAGUUGCUCGUAUUGGCCGUGUCUAAUAAUAACGAAGUAACUGCAGAUUUCAAUGGUAUAUCUAAAGAAUAUUUAGUACAACUGAUUACAAAUCAAGGUGCAACUCCUCUAGAUUUUAAAGUUAUAAGUGAAAACAAUGUUUCCUAUGAACAGUUGAAAGUUCUGAAUGAUUGGAACUCUCAAUUGGGAACAGAUUUGGUUGUAACACAAGCAGGGGAGGUUGUAACACAAGGGGGCCUGAAUUCGGAAAUGUUAAAAGGUAAUUUGGGAUCUAAUUUGUGGGCGUAUCUUGUGCAACAAGCGCCUGUAGGACAAGUAACGAAUAUGGGAACAGAUGUAACAACAGGCAAUCCAUUAAUACAAAUAUUGCGUAGAUCUGACAGUCAACCAGCAGUCGAGUCCCGGCCAAAUGAUACUGUGACAGAUACACAAGAUGUAGACGUUGGGGAUCUAAAUGUAUAGUGUUACUUUGAAAUUAUAAGAAAUUUAAAACAAUGUAUAAAUUUAAAUUAUCUUAACGGAUCUCGUAAGCCAUUCUAUUUUAGAUGAAUGUUUCAAAAUGAUUCUCAUUUUUUUUUUGUAGUAUAUUCUGUUUGAAAUAUAUAUAUAUAUAUAUAUAUAUAUAUAUAACCUUGUAUAAAAUAACUAAUUAUGUAUAUUCCGGCUGGUAUAAUAAUUAUAAUUUUACUAUUUUUAUAUGCAUUUUUAGUAUUCUAUUUCUAUAUUAUUUUAUGAAAUAUUGAGUUGGCAAUUUAUAUUUGCUAUGUCAAGAAAGUAAAGUAUUUAUUGUAUAUAGCUACUAUUUUAUAUUUUUAUCUCUAAUUAUUUAUUUUAUAUUAUAUUUAUAAUUUCUGAGUUUAUAUUUAUAAAUUACGAAAGUCACGUCAUUUUCGCGACGUUUAAUAUUCUGUAAUUGUUUUAAUUUAUCAUCUAUUUCAUAUCAUAUAAAAAAAUAUACUUACGUAUAAUCUAA